UCCGAUACCCCGGGAGCCACAUUUGAGCUCUUCCCAGACAUCGGCAUGGCGCUCUACAAAAAGGUAGUUCCCUGUGAGGCAUCCAAAGUAGUAGCACCAGAGAAUUUUCGGAUGUUGCUCCGGAACAUCCACAAGCCCGAUGUCAUCGCGGAGGUGUCCGAUGAUGGGUGCUCUAUGACUCAUAUUCGUACUAUGACUACUGCAAGCCAGGCAAGCCAGGCAAGCCAGGUGCCUUCGCUAUGCUCAGGGCUUGUUGUGAACAAUGGCAAAGAUAUUGUUGCUGGUGCCGUCAGUUGUUUGGUCGCGCAGGUCCCAGUCACUGGAAGUUUUUUGGGACCCACAGUUGGGAACCUCGCGGGUGAGGCCCAUGUGAAGUUUGUGAAGUCUAUGGCAGGAGUGGAGAAAUGCAGUGUACCCGAAUGCGACAACCUGUUCAAGUCAAUCACAGGUGGCAAAGUGUGCCCAACAUGCCAAUUGAAAGGCUUGGAUGAGAGGAUGAUCCCCCAAGUGAUUUUGGCAGUGAAGAAGUGGGUCGGAUAGAUGUAGAUGAGCCAGAACGUAGCGAAGCUUGUUGUACCUCUUGGUUUGUUC